GUCUCUGUGUGCACCAGCAAUGGCGGGCGCGGUGUCUCUUUCGGUUGUUUUGGGGCUGCUACUUGGGCUUGCUCUGCCCGGGGUCCUCGGAGACCGCCCCAGUCCUGACCUUUGGGCACACCCAGCUUUGGGGGCGCUGUACACCGCGGCCGUCGUGGCUUUUGUGCUGUACAAGUGUUUGCAGGGGAAAGAUGAGGCUGCAGUUCUCCAAAAGGAGGCAGGCAAGAAGGAAUCGUUGCAGUCAGAGCAACAGCUGGCUCAGUUGACACAACAGGUGGCACAGACAGAGCAGCACCUGAACAAUCUGAUGGCCCAGCUGGACCCCCUUUUUGAGCGAGUGACUACUCUGGCUGGAGCCCAGCAGGAGCUUCUGAACAUGAAGCUACAGACCGUUCACCAGCUGCUACACAAUAGCAAGCCCGACAAGGGUGUGAUUCCAGAACCAGAGGCCAGUCUACCCUUUCCUGAGGACUUAUGUAUAGAGGAGCUUGAGGAGGAGGCUGGUGACAUUCAGGCCUGGAGCACAGAGACACAGAACCUAGCUCCUUCCUGGGAGGUGGAGCAGGGGCUAAGGAGAAGAUGCAGCAAGGUUGCGGCAAAGGGCCCCAGUCAUAGUCUGGGCCGGGAAGGAGGGACAACAGCUGAGGGUUUAGUAAAACAAAGUCCAUUCUUGUGACUGGA